AUGAAAAAACUAAUAAUAUUCACCGUUUUUGUAGUGCUUGUUUGUGGUUAAUAAGAUUUAGCAGAAGCAUUCACCUAACUAUCCUCGAGUGAUCCUGAUAGAACGAAACUCAACUGGCCCAAUUUAUCUCAAGCCAUUUCUGAUUUAUUGUGUGAUGUUCAACAUGUAAGAUAAAUCGAGAGUGACACAAAUCAAUAGAAAUCAGCAUUACUUUAAAAAUUAAUUAUUUUGCAUGAUAGAACUGGAAGCUAAAUAAAAGUAGAUCUGGCAAAACACAAAACAAAACUCAAUGAUUAAUUAACUCCUUAUAAAAAUGAGUUGGAUGAGGCUUUGAGAUACAGGGCAGGAAUUUUAGAUCAACAAAAAUAGGACUUGAAGAUAAAUGAUGCAGAUUUCACAAAAAUGAAAGAAUCAGCAAAAUCAGAAAUGGAUGAUGUUAGCAUCGCUUUACAAUCUGUGGAUUCAAUGAGAAAAACUGUUAAGGAAUUAUUACAAGGAGGCUCUGGAGGAAACUCAUUUGUAGAGAUCAAGACUUCUUUAUAAGAAUUCCAUACAAAAAUAACGUCAUUGGCUAAAUCUGAUUCUCCUCUUUUGACCUUGGCAGGUUCCCUUUAGGAGCUAUUGCAACUUGAUUUCAAGGACAGAAAAGUUUUGAAAGACCUUGAAUAAUUGUUGGAUUAGUUUUGGAUGAACACUAUUGAUUAUAGGAUUGAAUUGAUAAGCCAAGCAAAUAGAAAUCAAUAACUCUACGAAGAUAGACGACAAGCUAUUUUAUAAGACAAGGAUACAACGAUAGAGCUGUACAAUUCAAAAAUAGAGGAAUAUAAUACUGUUUUUGAUGAGAUAUAAAAUAUCUAGACCUACAUCGAAAACAGACAGAAAGACUUAGAUGAUAGUGCAAAUUCUCAAGACUUCUUUAAGAAUAUUUGGGGUUUGAAUGAGGGGAUUACGAGUUCAGUUGAUAAAUCUUUAAUUAGCAAGGCUUCGGCUAUUUAAGAUGCAUUGAAACAAAUAGGAAAUGGAGUUAGUUUUUAAGAGAAAUGA